AUGCCCGGCAACUUUGGGAGCCAGCCCCAACCCCAGCAACCCGGCCGAUCAGUAUCGAGUCGGCUGCCGAACGGGAAACUAGCGAACAACGGAUCCGGCUGGGCCUUUGGGGGAGCUGUUCCUAUGGGAGGCGCUGGUUUUCAAAACCAGGCACACCAGCUGGGCGGCAACGUCAGUUUUGCGCAGAGCUUGAGCGGGUCGCAACCUGCCACUCCUCUGGAUCUGUCAGAAUUUCCUUCCCUGUCCAAUAAUUCGCAACUCAACAGCGGGAAUCAGGGCUCGAUGUGGUCGGCCAGCGGCUCCAGGAAUCCUAAUGGCCCUGUACAACGCAACCAACCCACGCCAGUCUCCUCCCAGACCACAGGCCAAGACGAUCUGUUCAGCCCUGCACCCUCUUCUCGAAUGCCGCCUAACCAAGGUUUGUCCCCCUUUGGCACCCGAAUGCACGCGUCGGCGACCUCUCAGACCCAAAUGAGCGGCAUAGCCACGCCAAGAAAAGCUGCCAUCGGCGAAAUGUCGUCGAAAAUCAUUGCCAACAAGUCAUCUUACCUAGGAUUUGGCCCUCAAAACACGGGCCCGACGCAUGUGCAAACCCACAGAGGCAACGGUCUGCUGAAUGCUCUGUCUGCCAAUAGUCGAGCAAAUGAGGCACGGUCGCCGCCCGGAGCAGGAUCUUCUGAUUCAACGCGAGCACAAGGCGCCAAAAGACCCGAAGAACCGAGGCACAAAUCAGGCCUGUUCCGCGAGGAAGGCUUCAGGAACGACGGGACGAUGGGCAAGUCGAAAGACGACAAGGCAAAUCAACAUCCCGAGCCUGUUGACCCUCUUGCCGGAAUGGCGGCGGUGGACAAGUGGGGCAUCAAAGGCCUGCGGACUCUGAUGAACAACUACCCCGAUUUCCACGCCAUGGUAGUGGGCAUGGACCCGAACACGCUCGGGCUCGACUUGAGUUCCCAAGACCUCAUUUCCCCCCAAAUCUACUCCCUCUUCGACGAGCAGCCGCCCAGGCCGACGGUCACUUCCAGCAAGUUCCGACUACCAGACUGCUACAACGUGACGAAUGUCCAGCCCAUCGAGAGCAAGAUCCAAAAUUUCAACGAGGAAACGUUGUUCUGGAUCUUCUACAGCUGUCCGCUCGACGUAAAACAACAAAUGGCCGCUGCUGAACUGCACACUCGGAACUGGCGGUGGCACAAAAAGCUGCAGAUCUGGCUCACCAAGGACGAUCACAUGACUCCUCAGAUCUUAAGCCCCAGUCACGAGCGAGGCUACUACAUUGUGUGGGACGCCAACAACUGGCGGAAAGACCGAAGAGAGUUCACGCUGCACUACCAUGAUCUGGACUCGUCGCUGGGUCAAGGGCCAGCGCUGGCCUAG